AAAAACGAAAACAAUAAUACGACCGCCGUCGUUGAAUACCCUUUGCAGGAUGAUGAUUUGACACAUCCAGGCUUAUACCGAUACAAAAUAAACACCAUGCCUCAUUAUCCUUAUCAUUCAAGACCAACUCGUACAACAAAGAAGUUAAAAGAAGAUGAAGACUGUGAUUGGGAUUUGUAUCCAACCAUAAUGCGUGAAAUCGAAAAUCAU